GAAUAUCCGAUGGCGUUCUCCUCUCCUUGUGCUUGCUUGUGUGGGUGUACUUGAGCUGCACCCCUAAAUUUGCGCAUCAAUCACAGUUGUCGUCCGUCAAGCCGGCAUCGUCAUGGUAAGACAUGAAGAGGGGUAGAAACGUUAGCUAUGAUUCAAUUGCUUUUGUUUUGCUGCCCCUGUGUUCAUGGACCUCUAGGAAGCCAAUGGUCGCCAAUUUAUUAUGCAAUGUUAUCACCUACGAGGUGGAAAUAUAGCUGAUGCUACACGAAGCCUCUGCUUUUGUUAAUCCGGGCAUCCGGAGCCAAGGGGUAUAAGAGAUUGAGAGUAGAAAAGGCUGCGUGUUCCCUCAUAUUUGUGACAUUCUUGAUCAACUUCAUAAAUUGAAAUUAGCAUUCAACAUCGACAGAAUUGGUAUAAGACAGUGAAAAUGACGAUCCCAGACGAGUUCGAUAUCAUCGUCUGCGGUGGUGGAAGCACCGGCUGUGUGAUUGCCGGCAGACUUGCAAACCUCGACCACAAUCUACAAGUUCUCCUUAUUGAAGCUGGAGAGAGUAAUCUCAAUAAUCCAUGGGUAUUUCGACCUGGAAUCUACCCCAGGAACAUGAAGCUGGAUAGUAAGACAGCAUCGUUCUACUACUCUCGACCUUCAGAAUGGCUCGCCGGUCGCAAAGCUGUUGUUCCAUGUGCACAUAUCCUCGGCGGAGGGUCUUCUAUAAACUUCAUGAUGUAUACGCGAGCUUCUGCUUCCGAUUAUGACGACUUUCAAGCCAAAGGAUGGACUACAAAAGAACUCAUUCCUUUGAUGAGAAAGCAUGAAACAUACCAGCGGGCAUGCAAUAACAGGGACCUUCACGGUUUUGAUGGGCCAAUAAAAGUAUCGUUUGGAAACCACACCUAUCCAAUUACUCACGACUUCCUGCGUGCUGCCGAGUCUCAAGGUAUCCCAACAACUGAUGACUUACAAGACCUGGUUACUGCACAUGGUGCCGAACAUUGGUUGAAGUGGAUCAAUCGAGAUACAGGUCGACGUAGCGAUGCCGCUCAUGCCUACAUUCAUUCCACUAGGGCCGUACAUUCAAACCUUCACCUUAUGUGUAACACAAAAGUAGAUAAGAUUAUUAUCGAGAAUGGUCGAGCUGUCGGUGUUAAAACUGUGCCAACAAAGCCUCUUCACCCAAAUCAACGUUCACGUACUUUCCGUGCACGAAAGCAGAUCGUCGUUUCAGGUGGCACGCUCUCAUCGCCCUUGAUUUUGCAAAGAAGUGGUGUUGGAGACCCAAAGAAAUUGGAAAAGGUUGGUGUCAAGCCUAUUGUUGAUCUACCUGGUGUUGGUCAGAACUUCCAAGAUCAUUAUUUGACAUUCUCUGUCUACCGUGCUAAGCCCGGAACUGAAAGUUUUGAUGAUUUUGUCAGAGGUGUCCCCGAAGUUCAGAAGGCAGUAUUCGACGAAUGGAAUCUCAAGGGUACUGGCCCACUUUCGACGAAUGGUAUUGAUGCCGGUGUCAAAGUUCGUCCAACUGAAGAGGAGUUGAAAGAGAUGGACAGCUGGCCAACGCCCCAUUUCAGAUCUGGUUGGGAAAGUUACUUCAAGAACAAACCUGACAAGCCAGUUAUGCACUACUCGGUAAUUUCUGGCUGGUUCGGUGACCACAUGUUGAUGCCACCUGGAAACUUCUUUACAAUGUUCCACUUCCUCGAAUAUCCAUUCUCUCGCGGCGAAACUCAUAUUGUAUCUCCGGAUCCAUAUGAAGCACCAGAUUUUGAUGCUGGCUUCAUGAACGAUGAGAGAGACAUGGCACCAAUGGUUUGGGGAUACAUCAAAUCUCGUGAAACUGCCCGUCGUAUGGACGCCUAUGCAGGAGAAGUACAGAAUAUGCAUCCAUUCUACGCAUUUGACUCCCCAGCUAGAGCCAAAGAUAUGGACUUGUUGACGACCAAGGCAUAUGCUCUGCCAGGAAACAUUACUGCAGGUAUUCAACAUGGUUCUUGGUCAAUGCCUGUGGAGCCAGGAAAGCCUCCACAAAUUUCAUACCUCAACAGUAACCAGCGAGAUCUACAAGAAGAUCUCAAGUACAGCACUAAAGAUAUCGAGCAUAUCGAAGAAUGGGUAAAGAGACAUGUAGAGACAACUUGGCAUUCUCUUGGUACAUGUUCCAUGGCACCCCGCGAAGGAAACUCCAUUGUCAAACAUGGUGUUCUUGACGAACGUCUUAAUGUCCAUGGCGUCAAGGGUCUGAAGGUCGCUGAUUUAUCUAUCUGCCCCGAUAAUGUUGGAUGCAAUACCUUCUCAACUGCUCUUCUCAUCGGAGAGAAAUGCUCUAUGCUAGUUGCUGAAGAUCUUGGUUAUAGUGGCAAGGCACUUGAUAUGAAAGUACCCAACUAUCAUGCUCCGGGUGAGCUGAGUGGUAUUGCUACUUCUCGUCUUUAAUUUCGUUUUUCGAUGGUAAUGUGGAUAUGAGGGAUCGAUCACAAAUUUCAACUGUUAUCUUAAUAUUGCCACUCAUUCAAGGGUUAAUAGCGGUUUUGGUUGUUUUUUGUCAAUAUAUGUUAGUGUAGUUACGAAUUAAUGAAUAUUCUCAUUUUUAGUGAAACAAUAAGUCUCUGAGUUUUUUGUCA